AGAGGGAGGGAGCCGGCAGCACCAUGAUGGCGGACGGGAAGCCCGGGGGCAGUGCGAAGGGGAGGCCCGGCCGGCGGCGCGCAGGAAAUAAACGGUCAGCUGCUCCAAAAAAUGAAGACGCUGCUCAGAGGAAAGCAGCCCUGGAGGCUUCUACUAGAAAAAAGAUUGAACUUGAGAAGAAGGCAUUGCAUAUUGUUGAGCAGCUCCUGGAAGAGAACAUUACUGAAGAGUUCCUGCUGAAUUCUGGAAGAUGUAUUACUCCAUCUCACUAUAAAGACAUUGUUGAUGAACGGUCUAUCAUCAAACUGUGUGGUUACCCUGUAUGUCAAAAUAAACUGGAAAAUGUGCCAAAACAGAAGUACAGGAUUUCAACAAGAACUAACAGAGUUUAUGAUAUUACUGAAAGAAAGUGCUUUUGCAGCAACUUUUGCUAUAGAGCAUCUAAAUAUUUUGAAGCUCAAAUUUCCAAGAGUCCAGUAUGGAUGCGAGAAGAAGAAAUACCAUCAGACAUAGAGCUGCUGAAGAAGGGGCAGAGUGGCCAAUCUGGAGAAGAGGUGAAACUAUGUGAUGAAGUAAUUAAAGCUUCUGACAUUGAAAAUCCUAGGGUAUCUUCAAAUCCAUGUGAAUCUGCUUCUUAUGGCACAGCCAGUGAUAGCAGCAGUGAUACCGAACAGGAAUUUGUUUCUUCUGUUCUACCAAGAAGUCAGUCAAGUUCGGCCAGUCUUGCACAGCAAUUGCACAGAAACAGCAUUCUCAAAAAGAAGGAUGUUCAGAAAGUCUGUUCCAGCCCUAAAUCUGAAGACUCUGAUGUAGUAGAAGUCACUGAACAACUCUCUAAUUGUAAAUUAAGUGCUCAGGAAGAAAUGCAUGCUUGCACCGUUCAAAAGAAAAUAACUGCAACGCCCUCAAAAAAUGCUACUCCAGGAAAAUCAAAUGCUUCUGAGAACUGUGAAAAUACCUGUAGCAAUUCACAGAUAGUCUUCCUAGGUGUGAGCCAAAAAGGAGCGGAAUACCUUAAAAUGCUAGCUAACUCAAAACAACAUGCAAAAAUUGAACCGAGGGAUUCAGUUCCUACCUCGGCUGCCAAACACAGUUUAUUAGAACUGCUUAAGCAAACACUUACAGAAUGGAGAACUGAGGAAACCUUAAAAUUUUUGUAUGGUCCAAACUACACUUUAUGCUCAUUAGAAUGCCUAUCAUCUGCCAAUCAAGAAAAUGAAGAACUUGAUGAGGAUGACUUAGAUACACCCGAAGAUCUUAAUGCUGCUGUAGGGAAGUCUGAAAACAGUCUGAACUAUUCCUUACCUUUUAUGGGCUCAGGUGAGACAGUUAAGCCUGUGCCUAGUUAUGAAAAGUUAAAAGAAGAAACAGAGUUCCUACAACUCCGAGUUAGAGAGUUCUAUAAAGGAAAGUGCAUCUUGGCUGAAGAGGAGUUAGCACAUACACAAACAGAUGAACAUUCAAGUACAGACAAAGAUGAUCAACAGCAAGACCUCACAUUCCCACUCGUUGAUUCAAAUGCACAAAUGCAGAUUAGAAAGCGAAUUGUCCUCGAAAAACUGAGAAAAGCAUUACCUGCAGUUCUGGGCCCUCUUCAGAUUACGCUAGGGGAUGUUUACACAGAGCUAAAAAAUCUUGUCAAAACUUUCCGGUUAACAAACAGAAAUAUUAUUCACAAAAUGCCUGAAUGGACUCUCAUUGCUAUUGUUCUGUUAUCCGUGGAGAUGAUGAUACCACUGCUAGCCUAAGAGACGAGUCCUGUUCUUUCAGCUCUGAAAUGAAUAUUGCCCCAGGUAGAAGUGGUAUUACUGAACUCUUCUGGAACCACUAUAGCAUAAGAACUCUGAUUGUGGAAAUCCCUGAAAGUGCAGUAUUUUUUUUUUUUUUUUUUGAAGAUCUGAUCAGUCCUUUCCUUACAGUGCUUGUUGCAGAUUAUGAAAUUUAAAACUUGAUAAUGCCAGACAGUAAGAUAAGCUGUCGAGAAAAGACAGUACUUCAUUCUGGAGAUUCUUUUGUCUUUUGUCAUUCCUGUUGAAAGUGUCAGACCUGACAAGACAGACAAUAUUUUUGCUAUGAAAUAAAUAACUUCUUUUAAGCAGGAAGAAUCCUGAGAGUUAUUAAAAAAUAUGAAGAUCUUCAAACCUGGCUUUAUGAAACUGAGCUGUUAUAAUUUGCUUGACUUAGAGCAGUAGUCCACAGGACUGCUCAAAGACCCAUGCAACAAAGACCUGUGUUAGGGGGAAAUAAACAGAGAUGCAUUUCAUUAGCUUUCUUACAGGUAAUGUUAUGCUGGAGAGUGUUGCCAUUUCUCUAAUACUCUACAGUGACUGGAGAUAAACUGAAAAUUAAUUAGAAGCAUGGAAAAUUAAUUCAGAAAGCAGGCAAACAAUUUUUGAUGUGGUAAGUUGUCUACUAGUGAGAUUGUGAGAUAGCGAGUCUACUGCUGAUGAACCAGACUUGUCUUCACUUCCUGAUAAUGCAGGAAUCAAGUACGAAGGAAGUCUGUACUUCUCCUUUGUAUGUUACUUCUUGAGACAUAAAAGCAUUUUGACUCUGUGAGUCCAGAUCCACUCUGGCAAUUAAUUAAGUUCUGAUCCUAAUACGGGAUGUUAACACUGAAGGCAAAAAAUUAAUUUCAGUAUUUUCUGAAAUGAGUUCCUUUCAUACUCAUGCAAACAAUCAGAAAAUCAGGCUCUUUUGGGAGUCCUUAUGUUUAACUUCUGGGGAAAAAAAAAAUUGGACACAGUUGAAGCAAAUCUAUUCCUAGCAUGUCUCUUUACUCAGCUGCAUUAUUCCAGGUGUUUGAUCUGUAUAUCAGAGUGAAAGGCAGGUAAUCAAGUUACAAUGUUAGAAAGUUCUGCAACUAAACUAUAAUCAAUUUUAUGAUCAUUGUUUCCAUAGUAUCUGAGUGCAGGUGAGUACAUUUUACAAAGUCAAGUAUUGACAAAUUAUUUACCUAAGCUUAUUAUGUUGUAGCUGUUCCACCUGUAUGACAGUAUAGUUCUGAUUUAAUAUUUAUUGAAGGGGUGGUUGUUUUGUUUUGUCAGGGCUUUUUUGCAUACCAUUGAGAUAAUGACUUAUCAGCAGUAGAUUGCCAAUAUAUGACAGCAGAAAAAAAAAAAGACAACAACAUUGACAACAAAAACAACUGCAAAAAUGGAUGUGGUUGAAAUAUAGAUGCAUCUUCGCAUCUUUUAGAUACUGAAUGGUCUCACUACAUGUGUACAGUAAUUUAUACAACAGUGCAUAUUUUACAAAGCAGUAGUAAGCAUUACAGAGAAAAAACAGAGUGUUUACCUUAGCAUUUCUGAGUCUCACAAUGUCUUCUAUCUGUGCAUGAUUUCAUGUAACUGAGUAACCCAAGGAUUCCAAUAUUUGGGAAGUGUCGCGGGGAAACUUGGGGGGACAUAAAAAGCUGAGGAACAGAAGACUGAAAAAGAUGAAAUGAUGAAUUUUAAAAUAGAUUUUAAAUCUAUCUAAACUUAAAUUUUUGACCAAGUUGAAAAGGAGGGUAAAGUGGGAGCAAAUGCUGAGUGAGAAGUACCUUUGAUCUGUCAGCUGGAUAGCAGGAAAGAGACUUCAAAUAAAUUGAGCUCUUUAAACAAGGCCUGUCCUUGAAAUGUGUACCUAAGAAACCUAGAUUUGUUAGAGGGAAACAGCUGAUAGUGAUUUCUUCUGGGCUUACAUUGUGAACUUUUUAUUGCCUUGGAUUUAUGUAGAUAAGUGAGCUAAUUUGAAACCGUUUGGAACAACUCCCUGUAUGAAUGUAAGUGCUUUAAUUGGCACACUUUAAUAUGAAAGUUCUGAUACUGUAUGUCUGUGAACUGGCAUUAUCAUAAUAAUUUGGAAUGUGGUAGUGUAAAGGUGCUAAUAUACUUGAUCUGGUAUUGAAAAAUCAACCUGCAGUCAUAUCUGUUAGCAAAAAAUGAUGAAACAGUCUUUGAUCUGGCUACACUAAGAAGAACUUAGGAUAAGAAACCACAGACAUCUUUGAGAUGGUCAGUGCUUCCCUAUUGGUCUUGUUUGGCUAGAGGCUUUUCUACUAUACUGUUAAACAGAUCUUCUGGAAGCUCUAUCCUGUAUAGGACUGCCCAAAUAAUUAGGUGUUUUUGCUGAACGUAUAUGGUAUUUUGUGUUUGUAGCCAUUUUCAAAUAAGUGUUUGAAAAUUCAGAUUUUCUGAAUUGCCAAUUGCCUGUUUGGAUUUGGGAAAAAAAAGGGGGGAGGGGGGAUGGGGAGAAGUGGGGAAUCCCUUGAUUCUUCUUCAGUUCUUUGUAAGCAGCUUUACCAGCUGGUUGGAUCAGAGAAUCCCAACAUGGCGAAGGCUGGCAGGGACCUCUGGGUCCAUCUGACCCAACCUCUGCUCGAGUCGUGACACCCAGAGCACAGUGCCAGGCCCAUGUCCAGGCGGCUCCUGAAAGCCUCCAAGGAGGAGACCCCACAGCCCCCGUGGGCAGCCUGUGCCAGCGAUGUCACCCACACAAUAAAGGAGAGCUUCCCGUGUCCCAGUUUGUGCUCAUUGCUUCUUGUAUAAAAUCCUGGUUACUACAAGUAUGCUUUCUGUUGACUGUUAGUUGUAUUCAUUCGGCUCCAAUGGGAGUGAAAUUUUGGUCCUGUUCAAAGGGAAUGAAGUUAACUUGAAUCAGGAAACCAGCUAAAUGCGAGGGUGUGAAAGGUGGACUGUUAAAGAAGAAACAUAUAUAAUUAUUCAAAGUGUACUCAUAAAUAUGUAUUUAAUUAAAUAAAUAAGUAUUGAAAAAAUAUAUCUUGACUGGUUUUGUAGAAGCUGCAUGUGAAAAACCAAAGGUAGCGGAAUCAGUGUUUAUUUACAACUUACAGAGUUUACUUUAGAACAAAGCUUAAGUUUUGCAUGUAUCUGUAUUAUGUAGGAAUGCAAGCCAAUUUUGAAUCUGUGUCUGUAGCAUUGAUUUAAAUGUAGUGGACAAAAAAAUUUUAAAUAUGAAUAAUUUAGUUUCUGAUGCCAUCAGAGGAUUAAAGUGUCUGGGCUGGAUGCUGUGGACAAGUCAGUACACAAUAAUGAAAGGAAAGUUAAAUAAUGAAUAAAACAUAAAUUGCACUUUAGCUACAAAAUUUUUGUCUUCAGGAUCUUUAGGCAGUAUUUAAAACUAGACCAGAAGUACCUUUUUACCCUCAGUAGGAAAAUUACCUGCUUAUUUCUGUCAGUUAUUAUCAUUCGACAGUGCUGUUUUUAGAGUGUUUAUCUUUCACUGAAAAAAAUAGAAAAUGUGAAUAAAUGUGUGGAUACUGAUGAAAAAUGUGUCUGAAAACUGACUUCUGUCUUGGACCAUAAGGAUGUGCUUACAGAGGGCUCCAAAUUAGGGGUUGCUUUAUUUCCAGAGUUGUAAAUGACACUAAUCUUAAUCAUAUUUUUCCUUACUAGUAUCAUCAUUUAAUUAAACAGAAGACUUAAUUCUAGAGAUGUCUUUAAAUACCUCUCCAUAUUGUUUGUAAGUUAAAUGCUUCCAGUUCAAGAUUGUCUGUCAAAUAUUAAUGUGUUCUAAUGGAACGUGCUCACUCAGGAGACAGCCUUUUGCUUUUAACAAGGUUUUUCUUAAAAAAAAAAAUGUUAAGCUUUUUAAAUCAUGUUCAAAUGAAAGUAAUAAGAAAAGAGUGGGUCUUUUUUUUUUUGUUUUUUAAUGAAACUGAGCAUAACAGCUAAAUUACAUAAGUUGAGGGUGUAAUGUUUUUAUUUUCUGAGUGCCUACUAACACCGGAUGCUGCGUAAGCAUUUAAAUAUAUAGCCAAAGAUAUUUUUUAAGUUCCCUGGCAUUGCAGCUUUAGCUUACAACUACAGACACGCUGUGCUUCAGAUCAGCUUUCUGAACAAUAUGAACUUCUGCCUGAUGGAAAUCAUAGCUUUAAGGUCUGUGGAAAUCCCUGCUGUGAUUUCAGAUACUUCAGUAACAAGGCUGCAAUCCCUAAACAGGUGUACUGUAUCCAGUGGUACACCGGUUAAUUAGGGACUCUACCUCAAGUUAAACAAGCACACAAUACAUUGGGUAAAGCAUCCAGAAUUACAGUGAUGCUGUCGGAAUGCCUGAACACCCUUCAGUAGGGAUUUAUGCAAAGAAUAAAUGCUGCCAGUUUUUCAGUUCACCCCACUGACUGAAGCAGUAAUUUUAAGUGAUUGAUAAAUGGCUACACUCCAGUUGCACGUACAGGCAGGUGGUCUACAGGCUGCAACGCACAACUACUUCAGUGAGUUUUACUGCUGAUCUGCAACACUUGUUGUAUUGACUCAGUCAUUUGUCUUAAACAAAACAAUUACUUUUUGUUUAAUCAGUUGCACUGCAGACUUCUGCCAUAGGAACAUAACUAAAAUGGAAAACAAGAUUGUAAUCUGUAAAAUUGAGCCAUAUUAAAUGUCAUUUCUGAGUAAUAACAUUUUUAUUGCAUUGCUGAGCCCAUCAAAUCUUUAACAUGAGUAGUGCAAGUAUAUCUGAAAUACAUUUAAGAUAAAAAAAAAUCCUUGUGUGUUGAUGAAGUAGAACAGAUUACAAUGGAAGGACUAUACCCAUUGAACAAGGCUCUGUAUAUUUCUAGAGGAUUUUUAACACUACAUGAGAUGAACUAUUACUGAGAAUGAUUUGCAAAAUGAUAGUGCUAUUUAGUAUUUGUAAAUCUGUUCAAAAACUUAUUUAGAUGUAUGGAUGAGGUUUUAUGCUGUCCUUUCUGGCUGCAGUGCGAGGAAUGGGAAAUUCACUGUAGAGAGCUGCUGAAGGAGUCUUGAGCUGUUGAAGAAAUUAAAGUACCUUGUAAUACUGAAACAACUUAGGGGCUCCUGUCAGAGUGAUGGCAGCCUCCUUGGUGCUGUCCUGUGGUCUACUGUUGGUCCAAGAAGUGGGUCAAUGUGAUUAAUGUGGCCAGCAGCCUGCCUAGUGCAGGCCUUGUUCUGGCCCCCAGCAACUUGCCCUUCGACUGGCCUUCCACAGGGUCAGACUGCAGACAAUUCCCACUCCUACCACUUGCCAGCUGGCACUGCUGCACAUAUAUUUUUGUCCACUCAGUACUGUUGCAGUCCUUUAUACCUCACAGAAGCAAUCAGAGAUGAUUUCACCUCAAAAUGGUAGGUACAGAGUUGGCAAAAGGCACUCUUGUUAUGAAUACUCCUUGUAAAUCUCCAAUCAGAAAAUACUUAGGUAAUACUGUCCCAAACAGUACUUUUGAGGAUAAAACAUUCAGAAGGAGAAAAGCAGGAAAUACUGUGUUUUUAUGCCCUUGUAGCUUAGUUCCUCUAAGUAUCGAUUCAUUAUUCAUAAAGAUGGUAACUGCUGUCCUACAUUCGUGACUUCAUUUUUCCAAAUACAGAAGUGACUUGUAAUAGUCCUGCAAGUGUGAGUUUUGAAUGGAAAUUAAACGGACUUCCAAGUUAAUUUCCAUUAUUUGUGACCCAUGUGACUGUGGCAUUCCCUGCCUUUGGUUUAAAGACUUACAUCCACAAGACAACAAAAGUGACUCACGGGCAUCCAACUAUUAAGGUGUUAAAAGAUGUCUGAUAAAGAAAACCAAUCAGUAUCUAAUUGUUGAGAGAGUCUGGUUUUUGUAAUAGAAAUUAAUUUAUAUGUCUGCAUAGUGAGAGUAAUUCAACCCAAUGUGGAAAAGUAGAGGUGAUUAUGGCCAGGAAAAGAACAAAGCGUAGAAAAGACAAAAUGGUGCAUUUAGCUUUUAGCAGCCUGCCCAACGGGGAAGCCCUCAGCUAAGAAUUGAGAUCAGCUCUGCCUUCAGAGCCAUUUGAUCACACAUACAGAAAGCCAUGGAUCAUUCACCAGUCAUGCCAAACCUCAGCAACACAGUUCAGUGUAGAGUUGCCAUUAAAAUAUUUUUCAUGUGCAUCUGAACACUGGCGAUAACUGUGAUGAACUUAGUAUUCAGGAGUUUUCUAUUCAGACAGAGAUUUGUUUAAUGUUUUAUUGCACUUGACAGGUAAUGGUAAGUGGCACUCCACAGUGCGUCACCUGCACCCAUGUUCUUUCAUUUUUUGUGUAAUUCUAAGUGACCAAUUUUGGAUGCUGGAAAGGAACUUGACUUUUCUUGGGUGGUUGCGUUCUUACUGUUGUUUUCAGGUGCCUGUUUCAGAGGCCUCUAACUGGAUGAUACCACACUGGUGGCACUGAAAGUGCAACUUUUUCAAAGGGGACCGCAGAGUUCAUUUUAAAACAAAAGGCCGGGAAGGUUUUCUUGAAGUCCAGCAUGGGGGGGGAGGAUGGUAUUAUACAGUUAGAUCACUUUUUUUUUAGGAAGCGCCAGUUAGUGAUUUAACUACAUAAAAUGUAUUCCUCCACCAUCAUCCUUUCCGAUUGUCUUUCAGUCUUAGCGGUUAGUGUAGGCACUGAUAAGUGAAGAAACUGCAAACAAUAUCAGUCUAAUAUCAGUCUAUUACAUUUAAUUCAUACAAUGCGACUGUCUUUUAAAUACGUUUUCAUUUACAGAAGUAUUUGUCAAAUGUUUUUGUAAGGAGACUAAUUCAUAGAAAGCUUGAAUCUUGGGUUGAAGCACUGAACUAUGUAAACGUUUUUCAGUAGCCAGAUGUCAUUUAAUGGCUUGAUAGUAAUACCUUGGUCUAAGCAUUCAUUUUGCUUUUUUUUUUUUUUUUUAACAGGUAGCAUAUGUGGAAUAGUCAGCGAACACAAAUUUUAUCAGUCAGAUAUAGUUUGACAUUCUUAACACUUUUUAAACUUUACAAAGCCCUGUUUACCAUAUGGUGUAAGUGGGUGUGCAGGAAACGACACUGUUUCACGAAGUCUGAUACAUACUUUACAGCUUUUCCAUGAAGUGAGCGUGAAAGUUUCCUUUUAACAGUGUGCUGAGGGCAAUCUUUUGAAGCACGGGCGUGCAAUGUUGGACAACAUUAUGUACAUUUCUGUAGGUGAUUGGGUUUUUUAAUCGCUUAAUUCUUUAGCUUCUCUCACUUGAGUUUUUCACAAAGGUUUGUUCAGCAUUAGUGUUGCAAUGUGCAGAAGAGCUAACCAAACAGCAGACUUCACAUUUCUUGUUUUGUUGUUGUAGUAACCAAAUACUAUUACUGUGAUUCAAAUCUUAUUUCCUGUUUAUACUCUGAUUUUUAUGAAGAUGCUUCAGAGUUUCAAGUCAAUUCCAUGAUCUUUAAAUUGAAAUCUUGUGUAUCAUUAUAUUAGUCAUGAUAGUUUCUUCAGAGGUAGACUCACUGUAGCUGUCAACGUAUUGAUCCCAAAGACUGUCCUGGUUUAUUUGCCUGAAACUAUGGUUUGAUUCAGUUAGCACUUCAUGCAAGGAUGAGCGCACAACCCUUGAUCAUUUAAUUUAGGUGGGACCAGUGGUACUAAGACCAUCAAAACUGUUAGUGCAAAGCAGCAGCUUGCGCCUGCUCCUCUUGCAGACAAAAGCGCCUUCUGGUCAGACAGCCAUUAUAAAAGCCGUUGUAAAAGUAGAAAAGUACCUGAGAACAAGCAGUUUUCAAGUGACAAGUUAAAACAUCGUUUAAGUGCCUAUGGACAGUUUUCCAAGGUUAAAGUGUUUGUACAUAUGUAUACAUAAGUGUUCCAUCUAGGCACGAUUUUUUAAUAAUUGCUAGAAACUUAGGCACGUGUCUCUGAAAUUACUUUUUUGUUUUGUCUCCCACUUAUCAGAUAAUUAGUAGCUUAAUGACUUUUCAAACAAAGGUCUGGUAAGACAAAAAUAAUCCACAGUUAUUUUCAUUUUUAAAUCUGCCCCACAGUAUUUAAGGCCCGGCCACUACUCUGAGAAUCCCAAUCGUUUUUCUUUCUUAGCAUGGGCUACAGCAGCUACUCUGUACACAGACUGUCUUAAACAGGGCGUGAUAGGAAGAAAUAUUUGUAAUUUAUGAAACUAUGUAAUUUCACAAACUGCAGUUGUAAAAAUGUACAUAGAGAUACUGUUUAGCAGGUGAGCUGGGUAGCGUAACUGUUUUACUAUGUUACAUAAAACCCCACGAUCUGUUUGCUUUUUUCUUAAUAGUAUUUUUCUUAUUCUCUUAAGCACAAGGUAGAAAAAAGAAAAUUCAGUUAAAAUGCUCGUAGAUUGACAACACAGCAGAGGAUAUUUUGCAGCCUCCUGGCACCAGUAUAUAGGAAGUCAUGACUGUUUAUGCCACCAAUCUCUUUUCAUAUAUAAUCUACUAAAUCCUGUGAAGAAUAACUUGAAGAGCAGUAAUAAUGCAUCUCCUGAUCUUUCUCCCACUAUCCUCAUCUCCAGACCAACACUCUGAAAUUGUCACUGAUCUUCUAUCAGCACUUCCUCUGUUUCCCUGCUGAUAAAGCAUCACGAUGCAAAAGUCAGCCUCCAGCUUGUCAGCCCUGGUUGGAGGCACUGUUUUACCAGAUUAAAUACUAACCAUUGUACUUCCCACCAGGAAAGAGACAGCUCUGUCCUGUCUGUCACUAAAUACAGAACAAAGCCUAGUGGCUUCCACCCAAAAAUCACAAGUCUAACUGUGAAUACUUCACUUCUGUGCAAGGGUUUACAUAGCAGGGUUUGUGCAUCAGUUUAAUUCCACACCACAUCGCUACUUUAAGCAUCCCCUAAAAUCUUAAUAAAUGUCAGUGCUGGGCAGUUAAAGUAUUUAAUUAAAUGGACAUACUGAAAUAGAGUUCCCAAAUAAGUGGAAGAUCAUUUAACUUGUAAAAAAAUCUAUUUAUUAAUGAAGAAAUUUUGAAAACUUAUUUUGUGUUGGGAAACUGUAUUUACUGUGCCUUGUAAGAUCUUUUGUUUGUGUUCUACAACUGUUUUAGCUUAGACUAGGAGUCUAUAUGCAGAUUAAGAGUUUAUAUAGAAUAAGAGUUUAUAUGCAGCUUUUCUCCAGGGAAAGUGGUCUUCACACAAAUGACCGCAGGGAGACUGAUCUCAGUUGUCACACACUUACAGGUUCUUUGGGCUGUGAAGUUUUUAAUAAGCUGUAGACUACCCUGAGCAGCUUCCUCAGAGCACAUCAAUUCUCAAGAAUUUUGAAAUACUCCCCACUGGGUCUAUUUCUCUGUCACACUAUUUA